AUGGAGCUAUUCCAAAAGCAGAGGUUUAUUCAAAAAUACAGGAGUAGACUAGGCAUGAAAACAACAAUAUCCAAUGUCAAUGGCAAGAUAUGGCUCUUUCUUGAUGUUGUGAUUCAAUGGGAUGUGAUCAUUGAUACUGAGCAGCAACUUACCAUCAUGGUUUACCAUCAACAUCUUUGUAAGCACAUCAUCAUGACCUUUGUAUAUGCAAAGUGUUCAUCAUUGGAUAGAUUAGAGUUAUGGGAUAAUCUAUACUACCUUUCUAGUGACAUGGAGUUACCUUGGGUGGUCGGAGGGGAUUUUAAUAUUGUUCUUAAUGAAGAAGACAACAUUGGAGGACUUCCAGUGUACCCUCCAGAUUAUGAAGAUUUUGCAUUAUGUGUAAACUCCUAUGGCUUGUUUGACAUGGGAUAUAAAGGGAGCCCAUUCACCUGGUGGAAUGGGAGGUCAAACUCAGAGUGCAUCUUCAAAAGAUUAGACAGAAUCUUUGUCAACUUACCAUUCCAGACAUUAUUCCCUACUACAGAAGUUGAACACCACAUCAGAACAGGCUCCGACCAUGCCCCUCUACUAAUGAGUUAUGGAGAGUAG